GCGCCUGCAGUUAACAGCUUUUAUCUGGAGGUGUAAGUAGCGAUGCGGGACUGCGGGCUGAAUAAGGAAAAGCAGGGCUGUGGGGCAGUAUGCGCUUACCUGCAUUGUCGGGCCCCCUGCUGCCAGUGAGCUGCACACUUCGGAAGGGAGGGCGGGAGCUAAGGUUCAGUUUGAACUUCCCCCAAGCCUAUCCAAUCCCUAUAGGCUUUACCGGGACUUAAACUUCUGUGCCAAAACGAGCAUAGAGAAAGCUGUGUAGGAAAAGAACAUGCAGAUAGUAUAACUCCCGCCCUUCUUUCUGAAAUCUGCAGCUUAUUAACAGCAGGGAGCCCGGGAAUCCAAGUUGUAUUUGUUUGGUGACCUGAGACCUGCCAUCCUGACUUCUAGGAUCUGAUAACAUGGCAAAAGAUGCUGGUCUUAUAGAAGCAAAUGGAGAACUCAAGGUUUUUGUAGAUCAGAAUCUUAGCCCUGGAAAAGGUGUAGUGUCAUUAUUGACUGUCCAUCCAUCAUCAGUCAGUUCCGUUGGAAAACAGCUGCUGCCGAAAACGUUUGGACAGUCCAAUGUAAACAUUUCUCAGCAUGUGGUUCUUGGGACACCACAGAGGCAAUCUGCACCAAAUACUAUCCUUAUAGGAAGCCCUCAUACGCCUAAUACACAUUUUAUAUCACAGAACCAAGCUACAGACUCUUCACCAUGGUCUGCUGGGAAGAGAAAUAAAAAAGGUGAAAAGAAUGGCAAAGGCUUGCGUCAUUUCUCCAUGAAGGUUUGUGAGAAAGUACAGAAGAAAGGAACAACAUCCUACAAUGAAGUGGCUGACGAAUUGGUUGCAGAAUUUAGUUCAGCAGAUAAUCAUAUAUCUCCGAAUGAGUCUCAAGCAUAUGACCAGAAGAAUAUUAGACGACGAGUCUAUGAUGCCUUAAAUGUGCUAAUGGCUAUGAAUAUUAUUUCUAAAGAAAAAAAAGAAAUAAAGUGGAUUGGUUUACCUACAAACUCUGCUCAGGAAUGUCAAAAUUUGGAGGUUGAAAGACAAAGAAGACUUGAACGAAUAAAGCAAAAGCAGUCUCAGCUGCAAGAACUUAUACUACAGCAAAUUGCCUUCAAAAACCUAGUUCAGCGAAAUCGUCUUACAGAACAAAAAGCAAACAGACCACCCCCACAAAAUUCAGUCAUACAUUUACCCUUCAUCAUUGUGAACACCAGCAAGAAGACAGUGAUUGACUGCAGCAUUUCUAAUGACAAGUUUGAAUACCUAUUUAAUUUUGACAAUACAUUUGAAAUACACGAUGAUAUUGAAGUACUGAAGCGAAUGGGAAUGGCUUGUGGUCUAGAAUCAGGAAGCUGUUCAGCUGAGGACCUUAAGACUGCCAAAAGCUUAGUGCCAAAAGCUCUAGAACCAUAUGUGACAGAAAUGGCUCAGGGAUCAAUUAGCAGUGUGUAUAUCUCAUUUUCAUCAGGUUCAGUGUCUAAUGGCAGAAGGUUUUCAUCAAGUGACUUGACUGGCUGUACAGAUGGCAUGUUGGCUACGAGUUCAAAUGGAUCCCAAUACAGUAGUUCCCGAGUUGAGACUCCUGUGUCGUAUGUUGAAGAGGAAGAUGACGAUGAUGAUGAUGAUCUUGAUGAUGACUGAUGUGUAGCACAUUUUUUCUGUGUUGAGAUACAACUUCGGGAAAAAAAUUUCUGUUAAUGGGGUGAUUUUUUUUUUCUUAUUUCCCCCCCAUUCCAAGGAAAUAUUGAUACAGUACUUGGUUCUUACAACCAAGAAGGAUCAUUCAAGUUUAUAUUUUUUGUGUGCUGUGGAUUUUGACAGUAUUUUGCUCAAAUCUAUUUACUUUCCCAUGUAUAGUUAUGUUUGCCCCCUUAGAAUUUUGCUUGAAGGGGAACUUCAUCCACAUUAAUGGGGAAAAUAAACUGAUAUCCUUUGUAAAAAAAAAAAAAAAAA